AUGAAAGUGGCUAGAGACCUGCGAUUUCUACCAUGUUAUAGUCCAUCGUCUCUAGUAUGUUUGUGUUCGAAAUCAGCAACAAUUAUGUUCUCAACAUUAUUCGUUAUCGCUUGUGUGGCUCUUGCUUCUGUGAAUGGUGGCGGGUAUGAACGUGAGAAACCACGAGAAUAUUAUGGUGAUCGCUGUGAAACUGAUCAAUGUCGUGCUAAAUUUGCUGGCGUCUACUAUUUAACAUUGACAAGAGACGACAAUGCUACCCUACAUGAAAUCGCUACAUUACGUCCAGAUGGAACAUUCACUGGUGUCAAUUCCGAUGAAGACAUUAAUCUUUAUUCAGACAAUCCAGAAGAUUUGGGAUAUACUGAUCUGAAUGGUGUCUGGAGAUGUGCUGGCAAACCUGGUCAAAUCACAAUCAGUGCAUUGGACUUCUCAUUUCCAAAUUUGAGACUCCCAUGUACAAGAGUAUUAGAGCGUACAACAUACACACUUGAGAUCAACAAAGAGUGUACGCAAGUCUCAGGUGGAUUAACAUAUAGCGGAUAUCAAUUGGAAUCGACUUCUAGUGCUAAUCAAAAACGACAAGUAGUUUUGUAUGGUCCGUAUUCAUGGACAGUUCAAUGGUACAAAGUAUUCGAUUUAUGUGAGAAAAAGAAUGGGAAACAUUACCCGUUAGGUCGAUGUGCUUUUGGGAUCGACACCGAUUUACAAAAUAAUCCAAAUAAUAUAUAUUUUAAGAAAAUCGAGGAGCUCUUCGCGGUUCCCAUUGGCUCGGAUAGUCUUUCCCGGCUCGCUAAGCUUAUGCCUGAAAUAGGUGGUAUCAUUGGUAAACUCUCACUUGUCAACGCUGCCGCACGAGCAUUGAUCAAUAUGUAUAUUCUACCCUUAAUAUCAAAUAAACGAUUAUAUGAAAGGCCGGUAGGCAUGCACCAAACCGAUAGUUCGGUGACCGAACGGUUCGCAACCGAACAUGUUCGGUCACCAAACGGUUCGUAA